CACCGCCCGUCAAUCAAAAUACAAAGAAAUCUGACAGUUAUCACCUUAUUGCUACGCGUAUACAAUAACUAUAAUUUGCUGAUCAUGUCCGGUGGCUUGUGACUAUCAGGACUCUCCGUUUCACGACAAGUCACGCAAUGACUGCCCCAGAACAACCAAUGAAACCAGGGGAUAUGGCUGCCUUGGACGUGGACAGCAGUCAAAGCGGCUUUCUGCAGCAGGAGGGAGGCAGGGGCAGCCAGGACACUCAGCCAUCACCCCUCGACCUGCUAGCAACCACCUGCACUAAGGUUGGGUCACCGUCGUCAGAGGUGGACAGAGGUGCUGCCGCUGAUGUGACAUCUGAUCCAUCUACUCAUCUUACUGGGACUGAUAAAUGGGAGGUUUUAACACCCACAACAGCAGCAAAGGAUGAAUCUGGAAUGAUACAGAUCCAAAGUCAAGGAAUAUUAACAUCAAAUGGACAAUACAUUCUUCCUCUCCAGAGCUUACAAAGUCAGCCAAUCUUUGUGACGUCGGGAACGGCCGCCUCCAAUGCCAAUACAGUGCCUAACAUUCAGUACCAAGUAAUCCCUCAGAUUCAGACAGCAGAUGGACAGCUGAGCUUCUCCACGUCCGGCGUGGAAGGAGCGACUCUGACUCAAGAUGCCACGGGGCAGAUUCAGAUCAUGCCUGAUGGUAGCCAGAGUCUCAGUGUCGCAUCAACUGCAAACAUCCUUAAUAACAACCAGAACCUCAUAUCACAGACUGGUAAUGUCCAGCAGAUCCAGGGGGUUUCUAUUGGCAGCUCCACCUUCAACAACCAGGGUCAGGUUGUUACUAAUGUGCCUGUGGGUUUGCCCGGGAACAUUACUUUUGUUCCUAUUAACAGUGUGGACUUGGACUCCCUGGGGCUGUCUGGAGCUCAGACUAUAGCAACAGGGGUCACUGCUGAUGGCCAGCUAAUUAUGGCAAAUCAGCCUGUGGAUGGCUCAGAGAGUCAGGUGAAGACAGAUGAUCACCUCUCACAAACAAUACCAGUCAAUGACUCAAAUGCAAAUCCUGAGAUUUUCGUGCCGACGUCUUCCUCUCAGCUGCACGUUCCAUCAAAUGAAUCGGGUCUGCUGACACAAGAUUCAUCAUUGUCGUCAGUGGCUACAGAACAACCUGACUCAAGUUCUGGUCUCCAAGAAGGCUUCAUCCAUCAAAAUCAGGAGCAGAGCAUCCAGGUGUCCUCAGCCACGCCCAUCAUCCAGCUACAGCAGGUGCCUGUUCAGACCACCAAUGGUCAGGUGAUGCACUCAGUGGCGACAGGCGGGCAGAGCCUGCAAAACGUGCAGCUGAUCAACCCGGGAACCUUCAUCAUCCAAGCCCAGACAGUCACACCCUCGGGUCAGAUACAGUGGCAGACCUUUCAGGUGCAGGGAGUUCAGAACCUGCAGAACCUCCAGCUGCCCACCACACCACCCCAGCAGAUAACCCUGGCUCCAGUCCAAACCCUGUCACUUGGUUCCAAUCCGGUCAGCAUCAGCACAGGGCAGAUCCCCAACCUGCAGACAGUGACAGUCAACUCAGUGGCCCAACAGGAAGGAGACACAGACACCCCUGGAGACAUUCAGAUAAAGGAAGAGCCAGACUCUGGAGACUGGCAGCUGAGCACCGACUCCACCUUGAACACAAGCGAUCUGUCCCACCUUCGCGUCAGGCUGGUGGAUGAGGAGGAUCAGUUGGGCCAGGAGGGCAAGAGGCUGCGCAGAGUGGCGUGUACUUGCCCCAACUGUAAAGAGUCAGGAGGGAGAGGAUCCAGCAUGGGGAAAAAAAAGCAGCACAUCUGCCACAUCGCGGGCUGUGGGAAAGUAUAUGGAAAGACAUCGCACCUGCGAGCACACCUGCGCUGGCAUUCAGGGGAGCGACCUUUUGUUUGCAGCUGGAUGUUCUGUGGGAAGAGGUUCACACGCAGCGAUGAGCUGCAGAGACACAGGAGAACACACACAGGAGAGAAGAAGUUUGUUUGCCCCGAAUGUUCCAAGCGCUUCAUGCGGAGCGACCACCUGGCGAAGCACAUUAAAACUCAUCAGAACAAAAAAGGUGUGAACUCUGGCAGCUCAGUGGUGGCCUCGAUGGAAUCCGCAGGGUCCUCAGACAGUAUCAUCACCACGGCAGGCGGGACCACCCUCAUCCUCACCAACAUCCAGCAGGGCUCCAGCACCGCCCAGGACAUCCUGGCCAAUGCAGAGAUCCCUCUCCAGCUCGUCACCACAGUAGCGGCCAGUGAAGUCAUGGAGUAAUUUACACUCACACAUGAACUUCUGCAAACUCUCUCAUACUGUAUACUCCUACCUGCAUUUUUAUUCAAGUUUUGAAGAAAAACUAAAAUUAUAUAUAUAUAUAUAUAUAUACAUAUAUAUAUAUAUUUUAACACAGAAAUAGUCAGUCCAUGUCCAUACUCAGUUUUUACUGAAGAAAAACUAGUGUUGGAGACUAAAAGAAGAUAAAGGUGGAAAAAGACAUUGCAGUAAACACACAAGGAAAUGCCUUAUUUUGUACAAUAUUGUGUAGUUGCAAGUGUAGGAUGCCAUUUUGUUUUAAAUCUACUUUAAUUUGUUAAUAAUGCGUUUUUCAUGAAAAAUUAUUGGUAAGUUGAGCGAUUCUCUCCUCGUCUUUUGUUGAUGGUAUACUCUGAUGAUGUCCUUGGUCAGCAAGGUUUGUUCCAUAUUUACUGUCAGCAAAGACUAAAUCUCACACCAGAGAUCAUUUUAUCCAGCUGAAGUAACGUUAUUGCUUAUGUCCAAAUUUCUUAAUGUUAUGUGUAUUCCUUUUCUUCCACUGUUCUACUUGCAGUCAGUCAGUCAGUUUGCAAAUUAGCAAGACCUGCUUCCUCCAUUUAUUUAAAAAAAAAAAAAA